AUGCGUAUCACGUCCGACGUCCUACCUUGAACAACACCUCAUCCUUCGUCUGUCUCUUACCUACUCGCCUCACAUUGUUGAAAUUCGAGGGGACAAUACUGGGAACAGGAAUCCCGACCAAACCAGCAACCAUGACUUCUUUCUUCAGCAACAUGAAAAACUUGGCUGGCCGAUCUGGCAGCAAAGGACCACAAGGAAAAUCUAGCAACGGGACACCUUCACCAACUUCAUCGUCUCCCUAUUCAUCUCAAGGCUACCCAUCCAACGUUCCCCCGCUGCCCCAAUCCCCCGCAAUGAAUUCCGCCAUGUCUUUUGAGACUCAACCUACCGGCGAUGGUUCUAUGCCUUCCAUGUCUCGCAGGCCACCUUUCUUCUUCCGCGAAGAGUACUCUGGUCUCAUUGUAAAGGGAAACUUCAUGACGCUGGCUGCGAAGCCCAAGUUGGUCGAGGAAGGCGAGUGGCUGGCCCACCAAGUUGUUGAGCAAUACCGGCUCCUGGAACAAAUGAUCAAUGUUAUCAAGGUUCCCGAUGAGAGGACAGGCAAGUCCUGCUGCAACCCAGAUGUGUGCCCCACCAUGUCAGCAAGUGGCCACACCUACACCUGGCUCGACAACAACAAAAAGCCCAUCAAGAUCACAGCUAUAGCCUACAUCAAUCUCGUCCAAAAAUGGAUCGUAGGCAAAAUCAACGACUCGACCCUCUUCCCCACAGAUACCACCUCAGCACCCUUCUCUAACUCAGCCUCGGCAUACGCAUCCGGCUCCAUGACCCCCUCAUCCAACAACCCGCAACCCCUAGGUCCCACCAGCCUCAAUGCCCCGCUCAACCAGCUCUCAGGCCAGAACUGGCUCGGCAAAUCCUCCGGCUUCCCCGAGAACUUCGAGGGCGACAUCAAGAGCAUCUACCGCCAGAUGAUGCGGUGCUACGCACACAUCUACCACGGCCACUGGCUCGAUCCUUUCUGGCACACCAGUGCCUACAAAGAGCUCAACACGUGCUUUGUCCACUUUAUUAACGUCGGAAAGCUUUUCAACCUCAUCAGUGAUAAGGAUAUCGAGCCUAUGCAACCGCUUGUUGACUUGUGGCUCGCAAAGGGUCUUUUGCCAGCUCCGGCUCAGACCCAAGCCGGUGCUCAGCAGCCUUCGAAGGAAAACACUGCUGCUCCCCAGGCCCAACCUGCUCCCGCGGCGGCGUGA